CAUUCCGCACCAUACAUAUCCACACCCACACAAUGGCAGCACCAGCAUCAAGGCGAGGCGCCUUCCAGCUGCUCACCGGUUCGUUGCGCAUAUCACAACGCAGCUUCUCAUCGUCGCGCAUCAACGCCGCCUUCGCCAGCCCUCCACGACAAUCUACAACCACCGACACCGCGGCAAAGCCUGCCGCCACCACUGCAACAACAUACAAAUCCGCUGCGCCUGCCGCACCAAGAACAAUCACCCCCUCCUUCCCCGCCAAAGAACCUCCCGUGCCAACCUCGCGCAGCACCGCCGCCGCAGCCGCCACAAACGGCCAGCGCAGCCUCACCGAGGGUCUCUCUGAUGCGCCCGCCGAGAUCGAAGGCGUCGCAGCGCACGACUGGACGCGAUCGUACCACGGUCUAGGCAGCGUGCCUUUCUCUCCUGAGCAGGCUGAGACGCUUCUCGCGCCCGUGAACAGCGAGGAUGUCGAGGUCAAGCCUGAUGGGAUAUUGUAUCUGCCGGAGAUCAAGUACAGGCGGAUAUUGAACAAGGCAUUUGGACCUGGUGGGUGGGGUUUGGCGCCGAGGGGGGAGAGUAUUGUUACGGCCAAGUUGGUGACGAGGGAGUAUGGUAUGGUUGUGCAGGGCCGACUGGUCUCGAUAGCGCGCGGCGAACAGCAGUACUUCGAUCCGGACGGCAUUCCCACCGCGACUGAGGGAUGCAAGUCCAACGCCUUGAUGCGCUGCUGUAAAGACUUGGGUAUCGCAAGUGAGCUGUGGGAUCCUAGGUUCAUUCGCGAGUUCAACAAAAAGUUCACAAAGGAGGUGUGGGUUGAGCAUGUCGCGACGAAGAAAAAGAAGAAGAUCGUCAUCAGGAAGGACGAUGUUGUCAAGUACCCGUUCAAAGAGAGCAAGAUGGGCGCAUAGAGGAAUGCCCACGAAUUAUAGAUGGACAGGCCACGCGAAAAGAUGAUGCAUAUCAAGGCGUUUCGGUUGAGCGAAGAAGUUGUACAUAUACUGUAGCGUAUGGAGUCAUCCGUCUCCAAAGUCAUACACAUUCUCAGCCACCACUAGAAGCUUGCGUUCUGACAAAGACCAUCGCUGCAGCCAGCAAGAUACCUCGCCCGCAUGUGAGUGUUGGACUUGAGAUUGAGGAGCAGACCAUAACCCACGUCUCCUGGGUCUAUUCACAAAAGCCCUGAACAGUCACUACCAGGAGGUCCCAACACUCACUAAUAAUUCACAAACCAU